AUGCCGGGAGAUGUCGAAAAUCUCCAGGCGUUGAACCCGACAAUCAAGCCUCCACGCCGCCAGAAUAAAAGUUGUGAUCCGUGCAGGCGGUCAAAGCGACGUUGCGUCGCAGCCAGUGCUAGUCCCGAUGGCAUUUCGAGCACAGCUUGCGAAAACUGCAGACGUUUAGGACACCAAUGUACAUUCGAAUUCGCCGAACGCCAGUUAUCUGCCCUCACGAAGAGGAAAAGGCGUCAAUGCGAUGAUGACGGCCAACCCUCCCGGCAAACUGGGUGUGGCAUGGAGAGACCGGUGGCGGGAAACACCGGGAGCUCGAACAGCCAAUUCGAUCCUACCGUGACGAUUGACCAAGAUAUUCUGUCAACUUGGUUGAACUUAAAUUUCGACGAUGCCCUCGAUGGGGAUACAAUAUCUUUCCCAGCCUAUCCCAACUCAUCCCCCGAGUCGUGUCUUGAGCCCUCGCCGGUGUCAGAUCGCAGCAGUGACAAUGAGCUCACUCUUUAUCCAACUGGCUUUCCCAAGAUCGAACCCCAUCGUUCGUUUCAGCCAACUCCCAUGAUCGGGCUAUCAUUCAACAGCCCAAUCUACUUGUUAAAUAGUGCGAUCGAUGCUAAGAUUCUGGGCGAUCGCCUAACGCGAAUCUACGAGGCUAUUGCAACACCCAGUGCCUCGAGAUUUUUAGACUAUGAUUGCAAUAAUUAUCCUUCCAAGGUUCGCUAUCGGAUAGCAGGGGUUGCAUCCGAUAGCUCAAUUGGAUUGGAUUCUGCGUUAUCGAGCGCGGAAUCAUAUGCAAGUCAGCUCAGCUUAACCAGUUCAUCUUCAUCACAAAAUGAGGUCGGGCAGGAGAUAUCUUUGCUAGGCAGCGUUCGCUUCCUUGAUCAUUUCGGUGACCUUUACGGCAAUCGACUCAGACCAGCCGCAAAGAAAAAGACCGACGAAGCCUUGAAAGCCGUAUUGAGAGCUUUCUCAAUGCAGUGGCUUCCCAGUGUAUCCGAGACAUUUGAGCCAAGUCAUGGUAUCGGAAUGACAGAGGGCGAGAGCUCGCUGAACUCUUUCGUCGAUGCUUGGGCUCAAGCCCGAUCUCUUCUUCUCGAGUCCCAAAAUAUUCGGUCUUUCCGAAUGAUCCUCGCAAUACUCACAUUUGUCGGCAUCGUAACGCCAACAAGAGUAAUUGAAACUGAAGGACUCGUACGAAACAAUCUACUUGAUACUGCUUUGGAUCAGUUGUGUUACCUGGACCAACUUGUCAAAAGAUAUUUUGCCAAUCUUGGGCCUUCUUCUAUCUACGGAUCGCUUGCCGAUGCGAGUUUGAGCAUCAUUCGAUGGGCUGGGUAUAUUCGCGAUACUGGAGCAGCCCUAUCGAUGGAUCAUAGAUCGAAACUUUCAGACCAUUGGGGUCCCGCGAUGAGUGAGUAUGACCCCUCAAAUCUGCAACUAUCAGAAAAUGCUAAUAAAAAUAUUGGAAUAGAUCCCCCGAAGAAGGAGAUCAUGGCAGGUUGGGCAACUUGCCGUAAUAUCCUUGAGCUGGAUGCAAAUAUUCAACCCCUUUUCCGGAAGGCGAGUGCUGAUACUUUCUACAUAUGGAGAAGAAUAAUCCAUGUCAAAGAAAGCGUUACUCAGCCGUGUGUUACUAUCAUCGAGCGGUCUCGGCUUAUUCUCGAGGCCCUUGAUGUGGGGAUGGCUGCAAUCGACGAAUUUGAUGAAAGGUAUCAAUCCUUCUUCGCAAACUGCAUUGCGAACUUCAAGCAUCUCUCUACUUGUCCCAGGAUCUCCAUUGGUAUGCUAAUAUCCAUUACUAUGAGUUUGAUUUUGGAUGAUGACCCGAGAUUACUGACUGCCGAUGUGUUAGUUUCGCAUACAAUGUUUUGGAGCCUCGGCAUCUUCCUUCUAGCCGAUGUAUACCAAGGGGCUACCAAGCAUCUGAAAGAAGAAUUCGAACAGCAUAAUAGUCCAAUAAUCCGCAAGUACCAGGCCCAGGCGGUCUCACUCGUGGCUCGGGUAGUUGAAUGCGUGCACGACCUACCCGCUGAAGAGCUGUUCAAUCUUCAAAAUGGACUGAGUGCCGAUGUCCCGAUCACAGCUUACCACGUCACCCCAAGCCUGGCUGUGACUGCCCUCGAAAAGGCUAUCGAAAGCGUGAUAAGCCUCCAAAGUCAUCAGCAGAUUAUCAUGCCCGAUGGUAUCUGGGAUCGUCAAAUAGAUUUUUUGAUGAAAGGCCUCCUGUCUUUGAAUGUGACCAUUGGUGGCUCGCAGACCUGUGAAGUGGCAUUGCGACAGUUGAUGAGCAAACAUGGCGAUAUAUUGUCGGAGUGCUGGACUUCGGGCUUUGAGACAUGA